AUGAUCGCCCGAGGCGCGGUGUCGCAGAGCAAGGACGAGGUCGAUCCGGUGGAUUCCGUCAGUCAGCAUGCGAUCCAGAGAGGAAGGAGUGGUCUGAACUUGGGCUGAUACCGAACGGAACUUGUUCUCCAGUCCCUGACCAUCUACUACUGCCUAUGCGUGCGCUGCCAUCCCCGACUGCACACGCCCCAACUCGGCCACACCGACUCGCUAACGCACGAGUUCCCAUCUCACAGGGUGAAUUCGUUCUCGUCGCCCAAGCCCAACUCGCGAACCUUCCGCGAAGACCAUCGGAUCAAGCCUACGCCCUAAGGAACCAAGGCGAUCACCGCGUCGUGUACAAACUCAACGCCGAGCCAGGGCGCGAGAUCUUGUCCACCUCCGUCGAUCCCGAAAAGGGUUCAACGGUGUACGAGUACCAACGUAGGUCUGGGCAUCAUCGGCGCAAGGACCGCUUAUGCGAAUCUUGGGUUCGUCCGAGUCUGACGCGGUCAAACGUCGAUUCUGGGUCUACAGGUCCGCUUCAUUGCGCGCGGUGUAAACUCCAGGUCGCGUACGAGACCAUCCCCGGAGGAAAAGGCGAUGCCACUUUUUUACUGGCGGGUGCGUCCCUAAUCCAUCAGGAUCUCUUCUACGAAGGGCCCCGUAGCUCAUCGUCGUAUCUCUUUCCAUUCAGGCGCCCUGACCGACUCACAGGGCAAGAUACCCGAGGAUGCUUUCGACACGACCGCAUCUUUGACUGCCGACGAUGAAGAUGCUGCUGCCACAAAAGAGGGGGGAGGAAACCCACCUGCACCGAACGCGGAAUGA